AUGUGCGGUCGCUUUGCCUUAGCAUAUGACAGCGGAGAUUUGAUCAGUCUUCUAGGCGAAUGGAAUUUGCCAGUAAAUGCGCCUCAGGAUACCUCGUUGAACAUCCAACCUUCACAUGAUAAAGAUGAUACCAAAGAUCAGACCACUAUUAGUGGGAAGGUAUUUCAAGCUGCUUAUAACAUUUCACCCACAAACUAUUCCGCUGUAUAUCGUCCCGAUACUAAAGCUAUUCAAUUUAUGAGAUGGGGUCUUGUACCCUUCUGGACUAAAGACGCUUCACAAUUUAAGACUUAUCGCACCUUUAAUGCUCGCUUAGAGAAUCUACAACAGAGUAAAAUGUGGAUGAGACCCUGUGAGAAGAAAAGGUGUGCUGUACUCAUGAGCGGACAUUUUGAAUGGAAAACCAUAGGAAAGAAGAAAAUACCCUAUUUUAUCUCAAGACGAGACGGAAAGUUGAUGUUUGUAGCAGGGAUGUAUGAUUAUGUGGAAAAGGAAGACCUAUAUACGUUCACCAUAAUUACCGCACAAGGUCCCAAAGAGCUAGAGUGGCUGCAUGAAAGAAUGCCUUGCGUGUUGGAACCUAACACUCAUAGUUGGGACGCGUGGAUGGAUGUGAACAAGACAGAGUGGAGCACUGAAGAACUAUUAAUGCUAUUGAAACCAGAGUACGAUGAGUCGAAGUUUCAGUUUUAUCAAGUCACCAACGACGUGGGGAAGACUACCAACACUGGAGAACGACUAAUCAAGCCCCUUUUGAAGGAGAAUGCAGAUAUGUUCAGCGUUAAGAAAGAAAAGAAAGAAGCUUUUUUUAAAAUUGACAACGAACAAGGUGUUGGUAAUGAAAAAGAUGAUGAGUUAGUCAAAGGCGGAAAUGUUUAUAAACAAAAGCAAGAUCUGAAAGGGAAUUACUGUGAUGUUGCGAAAAACGAAGAGCAAGAGGAGACAACUCGACUAGGCGAAGGAACUAUAAGUGAUCGUGUAAAGAAGGAAGAAACAAAUGAACUGCAUAAAGGAGAGGGAAGGGAAAAGAAGAGAAACAUCGUAAAUAUGUUGGGAAACCAAAAGGAUUCUAGAGGCAACAAAAAGGUGAAGAAGUGA